AUGGGAUCCGAGGGAAGCUUGCUGAUCGAGGGACAAACACAGAUCAUCCUCUUGGGGAGCCUGGCAUCUGUGGCCACCUUCUUCCUCAUCACCUUCCUCAUCUUUCUGUGUUCCAGUUGCGACAGAGAAAAGAAGCCAAGACCACACAGCGGGGACCAUGAGAACCUGAUGAACGUGCCUUCUGACAAGGAGAUGUUCAGCCGCUCUGUCACCAGCCUGGCCACAGAUGCACCCCCCAGCAGCGAGCAGAACGGAGCUCUCACCAAUGGAGACAUUCUUUCAGAAGACAGCACGGUGACCUGCAUGCAACAUUAUGAGGAAGUCCAGACCUCAGCUUCGGAUCUGCUGGACUCCCAGGACAGCACAGGGAAGCCAAAAUGUCAUCAAAGCCGAGAGUUGCCCAGAAUUCCCCCUGAGAGCUCAGUGGACACGAUGCACAAUGGCAGAAGUGCGGAUGGGGACCAGGGUCUGGGGAUGGAAGGACCCUAUGAAGUGCUCAAGGAUAGUUCCUCGCAAGAAAACAUGGUGGAAGACUGCUUGUAUGAAACCGUGAAUGAAAUUAAGGAGGUGACGGCAGCUGCCCAGCCGAGUCGAGGCCACAGCGGCAAGUCAAAAUUGACUUCUGGUGUGAAAGAACUUCCGGGGCCGCAGGCCAACAGCAGAACAGACUUUGCUGAGUAUGCCUCCGUGGACAGAAACAAAAAGUGUCGACAAAGCGUCAACGCAGAGAUUCUUCUUGGAAAUUCGUGUGAUCCAGAAGAGGAGGCCCCUCCUCCUGUCCCCGUGAAACUCCUAGACGAAAAUGAAAACCUUCAGAAGGAAGAGAGUCAAGCAAGAGAAGAGGGAGCUGCGGAGGGGACCAGUGAAACCAACAAGAGACUUAGUUCAUUGUCAUACAAGUCCCGGGAAGAAGACCCAACUCUUACAGAAGAAGAGAUCUCGGCCAUGUAUUCAUCAGUGCAUAAAAAAGGACAGCCAGGGAACAAAUCAGGACAGUCACUUAAAGUACCCGAGGCCUCCUACACCUCCAUGCAAGGAGCUGCUCCGAGGUCCCCCUCUUCCUGUAACGAUCUCUAUGCCACUGUUAAAGACUUUGAGAAGAUGCCGAAUAGUGUCAGCACACUUCCAGCAGCAGGCAGGCCCAGCGAGGAGCCUGAGCCAGAUUAUGAAGCAAUACAGACUCUAAACAGAGAGGAAGAGAAGGCUGCCUCAGAGACCAACAGUCACCAUGGCCUUUGCCCAAAGGAGAAUGAUUACGAGAGCAUCGGGGACUUGCAGCAGCAAUGCCGAGAUAUCACCAGGCUCUAG